AUGGCUUCCCUAGGGCAGCAGGCGGUGAUAGAAUUUUCUGGUAGUGACAUCAUCAGACAGUCAACUAUCUGGAAGGGCUUGUGGAAGUCCUGUGUGGCACAAGAGGGUCACCAGACUCAGUGCAAGGCCUAUGACUCCCUGCUGGGACGUCCUGAGUCUUGGCAGAAGUCUCGGGUCCUCAUGGUCACGUGUAUCAUCACAGCUGGACUGGGUUUGCUUCUGUGCGUGGUCCGGAGCAAGUGUUUGAAGUGUGUGGAGGAGGAGAACACCAAAGCCAAGAUCAGGAUGGGGGCAGGGGCAUUGUGCCUGCUGGCUGGCCUGCUAGUGACGGUGUCUGUGUCCUGGGUAACACACGACAUCAUGCAAGGAUUCUCCAGCCGGCUGAUCCCCUCCGUGCAGAAGGGAAAGAUGGGUGCUGUCCUCUACAUUGGCUGGGCCAGCUCAGGAUUGCUGCUUCUAGGAGGACCCUUGCUCUCCUGCAACUGCUCACCCCUCACUGACCGCCGUCACUCAGUCAGGUACCAAGCGGCCAGCUCCAGCAUCGUCUGUAACAGUGGUCUCAACCCUCCUAAUGCGGCGACCCUCUAA